ACCACGGGCAUUGAAUUUGCCAUGCGUCUCUUCCUUAGCCUUGCGUCCCGGAUCAUCGAAUGAGAGUACGAGAACCCCUAGUUAGUCAUCCGGAUCGCAGGAGCUCCUCCUCGUCACUUGAAUCAAACACAUUCCAUCUUUGGAAGCCCCUCCUACAAACUACUUGCGCCUGGCUCGAAUAAAACACUACUAUUAUACCACGCAAGGAAAUGGCACCACAAAAAUCCGUCACCGAGGUGCCGCGGUCCAUACUCCCUCGCUUGACAUGGAACGGCUCCUCAGCUCGGACUACUCUUCCUCCCCAGAGCAACAUUCUAUCAGCAAGGCAGCAACAGAAAACGCUACGCAUACAUAGCCGGAACUCUGCUGGGCGACGACUGCAUACUUUGACAUUUUCUCCUUACUCUUCUACAUCCGUCUCCGCAAUAGUCGGAGAGCCGACCUUAUCAUCGAUAUCUAGACGAUUACCAAGUUCAACGAGCCCAUCAAUCAGUCGACCAGCGCCCACGGGUAAUCCUAUCCGAUAUAAUGGUGUUUACGUCGCUGCAUUCAAACCAGCUCGGCGCGCUUUCCAUGCCUCCGCCCCCCAACAAAGAGACCACCAUUUCGAUACGUUAAAGUUCGUUCAGCGGUUGAAAGAGGAAGGUUUCAGCGAGGAACAGGCUGUCGCGAUGAUGCGAGUCCUGAAUGAUGUUAUCCAAGAGUCUAUUCAAAAUCUAACCCGGACAAUGGUCCUCAGAGAAGACACCGAAAGAUCGACGUAUACUCAGAAAGUCGAUUUCGCCAAACUCCGCUCCGAACUACUCAACGCAGAUUCAACCGAAGCGCAACUAACACGUUCGUCGCAUGAGAAGAUUGCUGCAGAUCUAGCUAAGCUCAAUUCACGACUUCGGGAUGAGAUUGGGCGCACACAGGCAUCCGUUCGUCUGGAUUUGAACCUUGAAAAAGGUCGUAUUCGAGAAGAAGCAAAUAGCCAAGAAAUGCGAAUAAAGGAGACGGAAACUCGAAUAGAGCAAGAGGUGGCGGGUUUGAGAGAACGCGUAGAGGCCGUGAAGUUCUCUACGCUACAGUGGCUGAUGGGUGUUUGCACCGGUACCGCCGCUUUGAUUCUCGGUGCCUGGCGUCUCUUUAUGUGAGUUGGAGACUUGUUCGAGAAUAGGAUGGCGGGGAAAAAUAAUAAUAAUUUAUUGGCGUGCUUUUUUGGUUGGGUGAGGACUCAGGAACUCCACAUAUUGUAUAUAGAACUGCCUUGCCCUCUGAUCCUUACACAGGACCAUAGGACCAUGUACUCCGUCCCAUUUCCUUUGUUUCAAUAAGCGACAGCCCGGGUUCAUUUUAUCAUUAUUUUGACAUCGAGAUCUUCUCUCUAGAGCAGAAAAGACGGAACGGAUCUUUGCUCCAAGAACAAGUUUCUCAGUAAUUGGAGCCCCGUGGGAGAGUACAGAACGAGAAACGGACGAGCCAUCUAUUCAACGCAGCAGCUACUUCAACAGUGCAUCUUGAUAUUAUCGAACUGCCAAAAGUGUCGAAGAGCGCGAUUACAUGUCGAUUUGGAAGCUGGCGCUGCUAAGCAUAUUACACAUGCUUCAAAUAAUUAGGGCAGAUGUUUUAAGGUAACGGGAUCAAAAUCGGGCCCGCUUAUCCUCGAGAAAGGAUUAAAUAUGGUUCAA